UAGAGUUGCAGCUUUAGUGUGAUUUUUUUUCUUUUCGUUUUUUGUUUUCAUGAAAGUAAAUCAAAUUUAUAUAAGCAGGAGAAACUGUCAUAGCUGCUCUGUUACAGUUCAAUGAAAAAUGUACUUGUGGGCAUGUGUUAAUAAGCUAUCCUUAGAUGUGCUCGCUAUAAAAAGCUUUAAGUGAAAACUGACCUUCAGUAUGUUGGAUCCCGUGUGUUUACGGCUGCUGUCUGCUACCAAAGAGAAACCAACCAGCAUUCAACAGUACCUUUCUUUCCCCCCUGAAGAUGACUAAAGCGGCUAUAUCUCUGUGUGCUCUGAACAAGACAUUAAACAGAGUGGAGAACAAACUGCAAACCAUAGAGGCUCAAUUCACUGUGCUAGAUACCAGCAUUCGGAAAUUAUCAGAGAAGUUUGAAUUUCGGAGGACAGUCCUGGAGCAUCAGAUGGACCAAGAUGAAGUGUGGGCAUCACUGCUAGAUGAUAGAUUCACUUCUGGGGAAGUAAAUCUUAUUUACAGCUACAUCUGUGAAACUAUUCAUUGCUUACAUUCUCAAGUGGUAAAACAGCUACCAGAUCUGGCAAGAGCCCUUCCUACUCUGUCCUCUGUCCUGAAGCGGAAAGGCAAAAGCCAAAGGAUUAGGUUGGCAUGGGAGUCAGCGCUGGAGAAGCUGGGACUGCAAGAAGGAGAUGCUAAAGCGCUGUGCACCUUUUUCAUUACACAUAGCUCUGAUGCAUGCUACUAUCCUGCCAACCAAAGGCAAGAUUACACCAAAGACAUAGGCUCUGUUAUAAACAAAGUGAAGAACCAGCUCCUUCAGCACAGCCUGCUAUGUGCUGUGCAAGUGGUAGAAAACAGCAAAGCUUGAAGACGUUUCCAAAGAACAAAGGCACUCUCAAAUGGACCUCCAUUUUUUCCAGAAACAAAUUGUUUACAACUG